CUUGUGUCAUGUGCACAAGGUGUCUAUGACUCCCUGGGUUUAUCAGUCAGUCUGACAGUGAAGGAAUAGCAGGACCAAAUGACAGUCAGAGGUUUAACCAUCUUAAAGGAUUCAACUUUCUUUCCUCGAUAUCGGAUUAUACUAUUUAUUGGAAAAUUAUAAAGAAGAGGUGAAGAAAUGGUCGGCAUGAAACCCACAGAAGUUGUUCCCUCUGCUGGAAUCAAGUUCUUUGGCGCCGGAAUAGCAGCCUGCAUCGCUGACCUAGUCACCUUUCCUUUGGAUACUGCUAAAGUCAGGCUGCAGAUUCAAGGAGAGUCUAAUAAAGCCCAUGGUGCCAGUACGACAAAGUACCGAGGAGUAUUUGGAACCAUCACCACCAUAGUGCGCGCAGAGGGGCUCCAAGGUCUUUACAAUGGGCUGGUUGCUGGUCUGCAGAGACAGAUGAGCUUUGCAUCGGUUCGAAUCGGUCUUUACGAUUCCAUGAAGCAGUUCUACACUCGAGGCAGUGAAAAUGGUGGGAUUGUAACACGCCUCAUGGCUGGCUGCACCACAGGAGCCAUGGCUGUGGCUUUCGCUCAACCUACAGAUGUGGUGAAGGUGCGUUUCCAAGCCCAGGCGCGAGUGGCCAAUGGUACCAAGAGAUACAACGGCACUCUGGAUGCCUACAAGACUAUUGCCCGGGAUGAAGGGAUAAGAGGCCUUUGGAAAGGCUGCAUGCCAAACAUCACACGUAACGCCAUCGUUAACUGUGCAGAGCUGGUGACAUAUGACAUGAUCAAAGAACUCAUUCUGAAGUAUGAUGUGAUGACAGACAACCUGCCCUGCCACUUCACCGCGGCCUUUGGCGCAGGCUUCUGCACAACAAUCGUGGCCUCUCCUGUGGAUGUUGUCAAAACACGGUUUAUGAACUCAGCAGCUGGUCAGUACCGCAGCGCCGUUGACUGUGCCUUAAUCAUGUUGAAAAAUGAAGGACCCAUGGCCUUCUACAAAGGGUUCACACCUGCUUUCUUGCGACUGGGCUCCUGGAACAUUGUGAUGUUUGUGACUUAUGAGCAGAUAAAAAGAGGUAUGAUCAGGGCACAGCAGCACUGGGAGUCUCCGCUAUGACUCUAGUUCAUCUAAUUUUUCAAGACGUGCUUGGAGAUGGACGAUUACCAUUAUUUAAGAGACGUUUUUUAACAGAAGCUUGGAUUCAGGCAUCAUCUUCACAUUUCUGACUCUCACAGUUCCCCAAGGAAUAUUGACAAUUUGAUUGUCGUGUCAGAACGAGAAGCAACGGAAAGUCACUUGUCUCCUUAAAUAAAUGUGACAGGGAUGGGGAAUGAUUUGUUUUAGCUCAGCUCAUUGAUCAGAUUUCAGUUUGAUGUUUAAUGUUCAGAAUACAGAACAGUGGUCUGCAGCUCUUCUCUCUGCUAUUGACCAGUUAGUCUUGCUUUGUGUGGUCUUGUUGUCAAUCUUUACAUUCCUAAUAUUUAUUAAUGAAACCCCAUUCACUUUUAUCUGAUUACUUGUUAUUUUCUCAUCCUAACGUCGAUACUCUGCCCAACUUUGACUGUUAUUUGUGUUGUUUAGUGUUGACAUCUUGGAUUCUUUUCUCUCUUUUCUGUUUUGUUCAUUUAGUUUUGACUGUUUUAUGUUCUUUAACAUUGCUUUUAAUGUUCCUAAUGUUGUUUCUUAACCUAAUAUUUUAUAGCCUCCUUACUGAAGCCUUUUUAAAUUGAUGUCACUACCUCCAUGUUUAGAAUUUAGGACAUAAUGUAAUUGUGUUAUUUUUCAACUGCAUUUUUAAGUUACAUGCUGUGAUAAGACAAUGUCUGUUUGAACUCAGGAUGCCAAAUGAAGAGGUGCAAAUUAGUCUGGAUUUCUGAAAAGUCCGGUGUGUUUUGACACCGGGGCUUCUCUUGUACAAUCUACAGAUGUGUGUAUUAAAUGAUCCCCCAUUUGUAAAUAAAAUAAAA